UAUACUGUGGCUGUCACCGAAAGUUAGAUUCUGUCAAUUUUCCGACAACGGGCAAAACGAGGAGGAGAUCGUUGAACAUUGUAAAAAACAGACUGUUGUGCAAGCGAAUGGUCCAAGAAUCAAGGAAAUCUUAUCUCUUAAAAAGCCCAUCAGAAUUGUAGAUCCUACAAAAUCCACAAGUGUUGGUGACAAAGAUGUGUCUUUGAGUAAUUGUAACAAUGACAACUCCUCAUGUCGCAGCAUUACAUGUGGCAAUGUCCAGGAUAAAUCUUUCUCUGAUAAAAAUGUGACAAAAGUCGAGAGCACAAUGAUUUUGCGUGAUGCAAAUGGUAUUCAGAAUACAGGGAAGAGUUGUAAAAUGUUGCAACUUGAUAAAAAUCCACGAGAUGACGUUUCGAGAGAGCGCAUAAAGUGUUUGCAACAAAAGGGGAAAGAAAAUAAAGGUAUUUUGCAGGCUGGUUGUAAGGAAAAAGUAAACGUUGCAAGACCAGCGUUUAAAGGGUCAAACAUGACGAAGUCGCAAUCUGCACCAAGCAUUAUGAAAAGAACGAGGAAUUCAAUGAUACAAGGGGGAAUUCUUAAUGCAAAACCUGCAACUACCCUAUCUCGUGUUACGUCGCGUUACAAGACUGUGGCAAAAAAUAAAAUAUCUCCAGUCAAGAAAAUCGUUUUACGUAACGUAUCGGGCCCUAAGAUCAAAACAUCUGUGGGGCCAGGAGUUUUUCGCAAGAAGCAGAAUACAAAAGCAAGUGAUGGAAAUAAAAGACGUACCGUCACAUCGGAUGUUACCGUAGAAGAUUUGGCGCAACCGGAAUACAACUCUAUCGUGUGUACUGUAAAUAAACUGAAAGAACUUGAGCAGCAGAAGAUUGUCACAGAUGUCAGUCAUUUGUCAUCUACGCUUAAGAGUUUUCUAAACGGAAAGAUUUCCACGGCACUCGAUUUUCCAUUGGAUGAAGCAAUUUACAAAAAUUUAGUGGAUUUGAGUAUAGAUGAAAGACAAUUGCCAUCAACCGUUAUGCGAAGUAAAGAUCCAGAACCACGGCAAAAAGAUGUAGUACCGAAACUUUCAGACUUUUUCAUACCCGAGGAUACAAAGGAGAUUUGCGAGGCUGUGCACGUUAAAUCUCGCGUAUCAAAGAUCAAUGAUAAUUGGAACGCCUUUAAAAUUAGCGAUAGGAUACUCGAAUGGAAAUAUAGUAUAGAUGAGAUAUAGGAUUAUGUAUAGGACUUGUUUGUCAGAAGUGUGUCAAACUUUAAAUUGUCGUAAUAUAAGCAGCAAAUAAAAAUUUAUAUAAGUUACGAGAAAAACAUCAACUGAAUACAAAUUACUUGGUAGAAAUAUAUAUAGAAUGUGGAUGCAAUUUUCUCGAUAUGU